AAGAUUGCAUUUCGUAUCAUUUGAAAUAUAGUUUGAGAAAAAGAUAAAAGAAUCGAUCGAAAAUUCCAGCGGAUAGAAUGUCGAACUAUCAAUCUUACCUUUAUUCAAUUUUUCAAAACUACAUUAAUUUGGCAGACUUUCAUAUUAUUCUCUUCAUAAUAAUUAAAAGUAAAAAAGAGUAAAUUUUUCCAUUUAUUGGCCAUAAGUUUUUAUAGAAAUAUUUAUUCAACGAUUCAUCGAUCUCUUUUUUUUUUUUCACUCAAUUCUACGAGGCGAGGCGAGGCAGAGAGAGUAUACGUUGUACUACAAAUUACACAUCACAUGCAACCACGUUUUUAACUGCCUUCAUCAUCAACUCAAUAGUGUGUUCGAGGAUCUGAAGGAGGCGCAAGAAUCACGCAAAAACUCCCAUUUUCAGUCCGUUAUACGCUCUCCAAGGCACGUUUCUGAUGCCACCUUGCUUCAUCAAUGUGUGUUCACUCGCCUUCUCACUGUCGCGUGUUUGAUGUUUUAGUCAUAUUCAGUUGGGCCAUUCAUGAUUACGUGUGCUUUGGAUCUGCACAUUCUGGUGAGUAAUCAAUGGCGGAGUUGGGGAAUUGAAUGCGAUCUUGCCGAAUUUGGCGGUUUCGUGAUUUUCAGAUCUGUUUCUGUUUGUUCAAUCUUGGGAUUUUGGAACUUGGUGCUGUUAGGGAAUUUCAUUACCCCAUAUCUGGAAAAAAAUGUUAAUGGAUUAAAAUGUGUGAUCUUUUAGUACUCAAUUACUGUGCUAUUAGUUUGGUAAAUUAAUUAGGAUCCCUAAAUUUAGCGGGUUUAAGUAUCUUGGAGUAAUCCAAUGCGUUCAAGUCUGCAGCUUUUGGGGGGUUUUAGGCUUUUUUCUAUCAUCAUUUUGUAUUUGAGAAUGCAAUCAAGUAACCUUGCCCGAAAUUGAAUUAUUUACCGUUGAGAAUUUGCUUGUGCCAUAAUGCUUUUCAUCAGCUCACACUCAUGUUGUUGCGAGGUACUGAGGAAUUUGGCUAUUGUUGAUCUGAUAUUUGGGCGCUUUUGCAGGAGAUGUGAUAUUUUCGUCCUAGCUUUAUGCCCUAGCCGGGUUAUAAUUUCUCCCCCGGAGAGUUGUAAUAGGAAUUAGAAGGUGGCAGAAAUGGCAGUAGCAAGCAAGGCUGAUAAGAAGGCUGCCGUGGAUGCAGCUGCAUGGAUGUUCAAUGUGAUCACUUCAGUUGGGAUUAUCAUUGUCAAUAAAGCCUUGAUGGCUACUUAUGGCUUCAGUUUUGCUACAACUUUAACUGGGAUGCAUUUUGCUACGACCACAUUGAUGACGGUUGUUCUUAGGUGGCUGGGUUACAUCCAAGCUUCUCAUCUACCCUAUUCAGAGCUUCUGAAAUUUAUUUUCUUUGCAAAUUUCUCUAUUGUCGGGAUGAAUGUCAGUUUAAUGUGGAAUUCCGUGGGAUUCUACCAGAUUGCAAAGCUCAGUAUGAUACCAGUAUCGUGCUUAUUGGAAAUAGUGUUUGACAAGAUUCGAUAUUCAAGGGACACAAAGCUGAGUAUCUUAGUUGUUCUCCUUGGAGUUGCAGUCUGCACUGUGACUGACGUGAGUGUUAAUGGAAAAGGGUUUAUUGCUGCUUUUAUUGCAGUCUGGAGUACGUCUUUGCAGCAAUAUUAUGUUCACUUCCUUCAGAGAAAGUACUCCCUAAGCUCGUUCAAUCUUCUGGGGCACACGGCGCCAGCUCAGGCUGCAUCUCUGUUACUGAUAGGCCCCUUUCUAGAUUAUUGGUUGACAAACAAAAGGAUCGAUGGCUUUGACUUUGAUAUACCAUCCGUGGCAUUCAUAGUCGCCUCGUGUAUUAUAGCUGUGGGCACGAAUCUGAGUCAGUUCAUCUGCAUAGGCAGAUUCACCGCCGUUUCAUUCCAAGUCCUCGGCCACAUGAAGACGAUCCUCGUGCUGGUUCUGGGAUUCUUAUUCUUUGGUAGAGAGGGUCUUAGUAUGCAAGUCGUGAUAGGCAUGAUCAUUGCCGUGAUUGGGAUGAUCUGGUACGGCAACGCCUCGUCGAAACCCGGGGGUAAAGAGCGGCGCAGCCACUCGGCUUCCAGAAACAGUCAGCAUAAGGGAUCCUCGGAAUCUUCCGAGGCUGACGACAAGGUUUGAGCAAUUGGAGCUUAGCAUAAUUAAGGGUAGCUGAUACCGAUGUUUGUUUAGUGACUUGACUCGCUAGAUCAGUAGUCUCAUCUUAAUUCUGUAAUUCUUUUCAUUUUUUUUAUAACUCAACUCACCUUGAUGAUAUAUAGUCUACAGUAACAAGUUGAUUUGAA